UGGACAAUCAUAGUACAUAGAGAGAUUUGGAAGACUCGAAGUCAAUGUAAACCAAAUAUAUCUGUAAGAAACGCACAAUAAGUUUUGAUUACAACAACUAUUAACAUAUGCGUAAAUGAAGUGAGAAAUAAUCGUAGAAAAAUCUAAAUAAUAGCAGUCUCAAAAGAGUACUAUUUUCAAAACUCAAAAACUAGAAUAUUUCCACCGCAAUGUAUCUUAGUAAUCAAGAUUUUGUUUUAAAAGUCCCUAAUAUUUAUUUCUAUUUUUUUCACCGAAAAACAACAUAUGCAAAUGAUUAGUAAUACAGUUUUAAUUAUCAUAAUUUGAUCACUUGAUUAUCCAAAAAAAAAAAGAAGAUAUUUCUGUAAAUACUCGAAAAAGCGGAGAGAUUGCAUAACAGAAAAGAUUCUCCUCUCUUGGCUGUCUUUAUUCUUUUUCUCUCAGAGUCCUUUCUCGUCAUUUUCUUUACUCCCCAUAGACCAACAACCAGCACACGCACUCUGACGCUUUGUCUCAUUCGUUUUCGUACAGAAACCCUAAUUUCUCUCACCAUUUCCGUCGUUUACCUUUGCUUUCCACAUGGACAACAACAACGGCAUCCAGAGGAGAAGAGCUAUUGGGGAAGACGAUCAGACAAGCAAUCAACGCCGUCGAACUAACCCAGCGGUCAUGGUGACGAACGAGCCUCAAAACGACGGCGUCCAGUCCGAAGAUGACAACAACAAUCGGAGCGGAAGAAGAGUUUGGGAAGACGAUCGGGCAGCGAAUCAAGUGGUGGUGAUGAACGAGCCUCGAAACGACGGCGUACAGACUGGUGACGAUGACGACGCACGCCUCCUUCCUCUUUCACUGAGUCUGCGACCACCAACAUCCUACUCCUCUCAGAUCUCGCCGCCGCCGCUUCGUCUAGCACCACCGUCGCCUGUGAUGCAAACGUGGCCGCCACGUUACUUGAUGACGCGGCCUUAUUUCGCGACACCGCCGUCGUAUCUGCUGUCAUCGUCGCUCAGCUACUCGACACCACCGUACGCUCCGUCGUUUGAUUUCCUCACUCCGGCAAGACCAGUAGCCACGGCGGUUGAGAGUACACGGAGGAGUUACAGAUCGCAAUCAAGCCGUAACCGCAAAGAGGAAACAAUCCCGCCGCCGUAUCCAUGGGCGACGAACAAACGCGGAACGAUACAAAGCCUAGAGAAUCUCGAAUCGAAGCAGAUCACCACCAUCACGGGCGACGUACAAUGCAAGCACUGUGAUAAAGUGUAUCAGAUAAGUUACAAUCUGAGGGAGAAGUUCUCCCAAGUAGAGAACGUCUUCGUGCGCAAGAGGCUCAUGAGAGAACGAGCUCCCACGUUUUGGACUAACCCAGACCCGAUGAGGUGCGACCUUUGUGGCCGUGACAAGGCCGUCAAGCCGCUCAUUGCUGAGCGGAAGAGUCAGAUCAAUUGGUUGUUUUUGCUUCUCGGACAGAUGUUGGGUUACUGUACCUUGGAGCAGCUCAAGAAUUUCUGCAAACACUCCAGGAGUCACCGCACCGGAGCUAAGGAUCGUGUGCUUUACUUGACGUAUCUGGGUCUUUGCAAGAUGCUUGACCCUAACCGUGACCUCUUUAACCGCGAAACCUCUAGGUGGUAAGGUUGUUUCUAUCUUUUUCUUCUACUUGGAUUGUUGCUUUUUUAAUUUCGUACAUUUUAUGUUAAUAAUUGGGUGAAAAUUGCAAUUGUAUUGCAUGGAUUUGAUCCCUUUGUCGUUUCUUCGUUGUGUGUUAUUUGGAUUUUGACUUAAUAUCUCAUUUAUAUAUAUGAUUUUAAGGGAUUA